GCUAACUACUUUGACCCAUCCUCAUCUCCUCCGCACACCCAUCUAUAUAUAUACCAACCACGCAACCUUCUUUUCCUCAUAUCAUAUUCUCUCAUUCACCUCACAACUUCAUCAAACCAAAAAACACAACAAAAGAAAGAAAGAAAGAAACAAAGAGUUCCUUGCUUUGUAGUAAGAUAUAUCAUCAAAAAUGGUUUUGUCUUGGACUAGAAGAAACGUUUUCCGCCGUGCAAAGAAGGAGAAGGAACAAAGUCAACUAUUAGAAGUUGAGGUUGUGAUUCCCAACCACUUUCGCUGUCCGGUGAGUUUGGAGCUGAUGACAGAUCCGGUGACUUUAUCAACCGGCAUUACCUACGACCGUGUGAGCAUCGAGAAGUGGAUCGAGGGAGAAAACAGAACCUGCCCCGUCACCAACCAGGUGCUGACAACCUUCGACCUCAUCCCCAACCAUGCCAUUCGCAUGAUGAUUCAGGAUUGGUGCGUCCAAAACAGUUCUUAUGGGAUUGAAAGAAUCCCCACUCCUCGUAUUCCCAUCUCCAGCUACGAGGUAUCCGACACUUGUACGAGGAUCUUGUCGGCUUGCCAGCGUGGGGACAAUAAGAGGUGUCAGGAGUUGGUUGGAAAGAUUAAGGUUUGGGGUAGAGAGAGUGAGAGGAACAAGAGGUGCAUAGUUGGUGCUGGUGCUGGUGCUGUUCUUGCAUAUGCCUUUGAUUGUUUCUCAAGUAACUCUAUUGAUAAGCAUGUGGUUGUUUUGGAGGAGGUUUUGGAGGUGAUGACAUGGAUGAUCCCAUUUGGGGAAGAGGGUGUUUCUAAAUUGAGUUCAAGAGCUUCUUUGAAUUCAUUGGUUUGGUUUCUAGAAGGGAAAGACCUUGCAUCAAGGCAAAGUGCUGCUUUGUUGCUUAAAGAAGUGUGUGUGCAAGAAUUGGCCAAGGUUGGAAAUGUUGUUGAGGCUUUGGUUAAGAUGCUUAGGGAGUCUAUUGGGAGUAGUACUUCCACAAAGGCUUGUUUGGCAACAAUUUUUAACUUGGUUUCUUCGGCGGCUGCGAAUAGAGAGGGGAUUGUUCAAAGAUUUGUGGAGCUGGGUUUGGUUUCACUUUUGCUUGAGGCUAUUGUUGAUGGAGAAAAAGGGGUGUGUGAGAAGGCACUUGGGGUGUUGGAUUGCAUUUGUGAUUGCCAAAAGGGGAAGGAGGUUGUUGAAACCAAUGCUCUUGCCUUGCCUCUUGUUGUUAAGAAGCUUUUGAGGGUGUCACCAUUGGCUUCAAGUUUUGCUGUGUCUAUUCUAAGGAAGAUUUGUGACAAGAGGGAGGAAGGCGUUCUGGUUGAGGCACUUCAAGUUGGGGUUUUUCAGAAGCUCUUGGUUAUGCUGCAGGUUGGGUGUGAUGAGAGCACCAAGGAGAAUGCUACCCGGUUGUUGAAACUGUUGAAUGGUUACAGGAACAAAGCGGAGUGCACUGACUCAUCAUCAUUGGAUUUCAAGCAUCUUAAGAAGCCAUUCUAAUUUGUGAUUAAUGGCAACUAGAUUCAUUUAUUCUUUAUUUUUAUUAUUUGUAUAGGUCAAUUUAUUGAUUCAAAAUUCUUUGCUGUAAAAAGAUACACACAUUAAUUGAUUCUUUGAAUUCAUUUUGGAAAAUUGAUUCGAUGUAAUUAGUUAGAAUGUACUAAUAAGUAAUAACCAUGGUUGUGGCAAAUAGCCAAAUACAGAGAAGCAUCUUUUUAUAUCA